AUGCGCUUCACUCCUGGAUCCGUCUCCCAUCUGCGCCUCCUCGCCUCCCAGGCGGCAGCGCGGGGUCUUGUCGUGCGCGCUGCUAGACUGUCGAACAAUGUCCUUCGGCGGGCCAGGAGGGGCUUAGUCAUCGACGAGUUUGUAGCGAGGCGCGGGGGCCUUUUGUCCUGGGGGCGGGGGCGAGUGCAGGGAGGAGGCGCGGGGGAGGGCGGCCUGCGAUCGAAGAUGGGGGAGACAAUAGCGAGCGCGCGAAGGGGCAGGGCACGCGUUGCAGACAACAAUUGGGGUGGAUUGCGGGCCGUGCGCGGGGUCUGCAGGCUGAGAUAUUGGGCGGGGCGGCGGGUGCGACGUCUUGUCUCUCCCGCCAUCGCCGCCCUUCUCGGCCUCCGCUGA